AUGGGAGGAAGUUCAGUCAGUGAUGAUUGGGAGUUUAUUGCAAAUGAAGCUCAGACACUACUUAUGAUUGGGUGUAUAGGUGAAGGAAAAAGUGCCACAGGCAAUAGCAUUCUUGGUAGAAAUGCAUUCCAGUUGAGGUCUUGCUUUGGUGCUGUUACAAGAACUUGUGAGAUUCAGAGGACUCGAUUAGAAGAUGGACAGAUUCUUGAUGUCAUCGAUACCCCUGGAUUUGAUUUUAAUGCUGAAUCUGGAUUAGUUGGAAAUGAAAUUGGUAGAUGCAUUGAUUUGGCCGAUGAUGGUGUCCACGCUGUUCUUUUUGUUUUGUCUGUACGAACUAGCUUUUCAAAAGAAGAACAGGCUGCUAUCCAGUACUUUAAGAAGCUCUUUGGGACCAAAAUUAGUGAUUACAUGAUUGUGGUCUACACUGGAGGGGAUAAGCUCGAAGAUGAUGACUCUUUGAAUGAUCACUUAGAUCAUUCCUGUCCCGAUGAUUUAAAGGAAGUUCUUAAGAUGUGUGGGAAUAGACAAGUGUUUUUCGACAAUAAAACUGAAGAUCCAGCAAAGAAAGCUGAACAAUUGAGGGAACUACUUUUCCAUGUGAAUAUGGUUGUACAAAUGGCUGGUGGAAAACCAUAUACGAGUGAAUUAUUUGAGGAAGUAAAGAUGAAGCUUCGUAAUGACUCAGUGGAGGUUAAUUCUUUGCUCGGAGAUUUAAAGCAAGGGGUAACUGAGUUGAAGGAACAACUGCAGAGGUUCUCUUUCGUGGAGCAACAAAGGCGAAUAACUAAAAUGAAAUCAUUUUCACCAGCUACAUUGAUAGCUGAUGUCAGUUUCGACUUUCAACAGUCUCUUGUGAGAGCCAAUUUGCAAAUUUUGGCUGAAUCUAAGAUGAACAGUACCAUGCAUAGUCUUGAAAAGCAGUUGGAGGAGGAGCGUACUGCUCGGUUAGGGGCAGAAAGCAAAAUUCGUGAAUUGAAAGAUAGCUUAGAGAAAGCUCAAAGAGAGACUGAGGAGCUCACAGUGCCUAUUUCUAUCGACUUGGGCCAGAUUGUUUAUUAA